AGAGCUGCCCCCCCCACACACAACCAGCACCACCCACCUCAAGUCGGACUAAAGCGAGGCUCGUGGGGCGGCUCGACUAUCAAAGCUCUCACUCGCUCACACACGCCACAUACCACACGCCACACCGUCAACCUCGACGCAGAAACAACAAGGACAAGCAAGAUGUCGUCCUCACCAGAAUACUCGCCGUUCUUCGGCGUCAUGGGCGCCUCCGCCGCCAUGGUGUUCAGCGCGCUGGGCGCUGCGUACGGCACGGCCAAGAGCGGCACGGGCAUCGCCGCCAUGUCGGUGAUGCGGCCGGAGCUCAUUAUGAAGUCCAUCAUCCCCGUCGUCAUGGCGGGUAUCAUCGCCAUCUACGGGCUCGUGGUGGCCGUGCUCAUUGCCAACGGCCUCACAGAAAACAUCAGCCUCUUCAAGAGCUUCAUGCACCUGGGCGCGGGGUUGAGCGUGGGGCUGAGCGGGCUGGCGGCCGGCUUCGCCAUCGGCAUCGUUGGCGACGCGGGUGUGCGUGGCACGGCCCAGCAGCCGCGACUCUUUGUCGGCAUGAUCCUCAUCCUCAUUUUUGCCGAAGUGCUGGGUCUCUACGGUCUCAUCGUGGCCCUCAUCCUUUCCACAAAGUAAAAACGCAGCUCGCCCGAGCGCGCAACGCUGCACCCCUUGCGGGGGGGUGGGAUUCGGUUAACGGGAACGUAUUGGCACCGGGGGGGUUGGGGGGGGGUGAAGUAAAGGAAGGGGAGAUGGUGCGGAAGGAGCGGGGAGAGGCUGUGUGCUUGUGUCGUUAAAGAUAAUUACACAUUAAAGGGGGCGGUGCUUCAUUUUGCAUGUCUCCCGGCGCAGCUCUCGAGGUGUGCAGCGAGAAACGGCUUCGUUGUCUUUUUUUUCUUUUUAAAGGUCACGUAUUGACAAACAUCCCCCUUUGUCCCCACGGUACCACUCGGUGCGUCCCGUUAAACCCCCAAGCCCUGCCGCUGAAGCUGCCGCCAUGUUACUAUAUACACGUGUUGUACAGAGAUUCCACCCAUAGCGAUACAUCUAAAUUGCGGCGAUUUGUAGGAUCACGACUUUGAGGUAACAUCAGUAUGCUCUUUGCCACUUCUGAAACACGUGAUCUGUGUGUGAGGUUGGUCCGUUUUCAUGGACAUUUGUUCUGUUCCGAGAUGUGAGCGUCGUCCAGCUUUGGUGAGGUCUUGGAACGGUGCUGCGCGUUGGAAUGAUUUUAAGAAAUCUUCACCCGAUUUACCGUAAACUUUGUGCAACACUUUCGGUGGGUUGUUUUGUAAUUACGUGGAAAUAAUGACCGUUAUGUUGCUUAUUUCUUCAUGUACUUUUAAGGUUGUAAAAGAAAAAUGAAAGUAAUAUUUAAAUUGAUUGUGGUAACAUGUUAAGAUUCUGUACAAAAAAGAAACGAAUAUAUAACGAAAAAAGGAUCGCUAUGAUUUUGCUGCCGUUUUUUGUGUGUUUGGCCAAUUCUCCCCACAUCUCCUUUGCGCACCGUUCAUGUUUAUCCCCUUUAUGCCACCACUGACGGGUGUUAAGUGAAGUACAGAAUAACUUAAGCCAUCAAUGUUACCUAUCUUGCCAAUCAAUUAAUUCAAUGUGCUCAGCGACUUUCAAAAUGUCAUAUAUAAAAUCUAUUAAAUCCGAGGAGCAAGAUGUAUCUUUGUAGGCAAUGCAUUUUCAGCAUUUACACCUAAAGCUCUGAGCAGGAGAGGGCUUGCAUCUGACACAACCACUUUUUCUCUUCUUGGUGGUUAUAAAAACAAUGCACGUUGUCGUAAACUUACACAAGCAUCCCACAAUGCAUCACCAAACCUCCCUCGCACCCACCCAGCACCCCUCCUUUGAAUUAAUCGAUUGGCGCAAUUGCCUCUUCUGUGCAUAUGUCUGCUCCCUACGUUGUUCCGUGCUCCCGUAGGUUUGAGUGUUAAGUGGGUGACGCAUAGUGUCAUUAGCGGAGUUUUGGUCUGUGACGCUUGUUGCUGUGAUAGGCUGUGUGUGUGUAAAAGCUGCAAACUCCACCCCUUGCUCCCUCAUGCGUUUGUAGGUUGCUUUGUGAAAUGCUGUUUUAGUGCAGUAUUGUUAUCAAUAUGAUGUUUAAAUUCCACCAUUGACCAAUAAAUGUAACUUAAAUUA